AUGGAAGCAUAUCAGCUCGUCCAAUUGGAGCCUAACCCCAAUAUCGAAGAGUUUCAGCCCGGUGAUACCGUGCGCGUCGAAAUCAGGGUUACCGAAGGCGAACGAACUCGUUUGCAGGCGUUUCAGGGCGUCGUCAUACGCAAGCGCGGCGGAGGUCCAGGUGCCUCAUUUACCGUGCGCCGCGUUAGCUACGAAAUCGGCGUCGAGCGCACUUUCCUCAUGCAUUCUCCCAAUGUGGAAUCCGUGAAGGUAACGCGCCGUGGCAAAGUGCGCCGUUCCCGCCUAUACUACCUGCGCGGCCUGUCGGGACGCGCCGCACGCAUAAAAGAACGCCGCUAG